AUGAUGAUGUGCAUUCUUGUUGGAUACAUGAAUAUCUUAUGCGUACGCUUGCGAUCUUUUGGCAAUGACAACUCAAAAGAGCAUAAAUUGGAACUCGUGAAUAUUUUUGAGAUGUACAUUGGCAUUUCAAGCAAAUACUUUUUCAGAUAUUCAAAGCUCUUGGAAAAACUCUUGUCGGCUACAUUAUUUUUACAGUUUGGUGUCAGUGCUAUCAUCUUAUGCAUUAGUUCCUACCAAAUUAGCAAGAUUACUAUUUCCGAAGAUAUGCCAACCUUUGUAUUUUCACUGACUUAUAUAGCACAAAUGCUUUUGGAGAUUUUGAUCCCAUCGUAUUUUGGUUCAUACGUAUUCUUGAAGGGAGAGGAAAUUCCAUACGCCGCAUUUCAAUCAAACUGGAUUGUGUUAAAUAAAGAUGUUAAACAAUCGUUGAGAAUUUUGAUGGUACGAUCGAUGAAACCGAUUCAAAUUCAUUCGGCCAAAACUUUUACUUUGAAUCUAACCACUAUGAUGAAGGUAUGAAUUUGGAAGAAAAAUUAAAGCAAAAUCAAUUUUAUUAUUUAUUUUCAAUUGUUUUAGAUUCUAAAAUUGACAUACUCCCUUCUAGCCGUACUUAAUAGCAUG